UUGGAUUAGGUAGAAUGAAGCAAUAGUGGAAUAAGUACGCGCUCGAAUUAUCGCAAUAAUAGAGAUGCGCUACAUCUGAGAAAAGAUACACUCUUCGAGUAGCCAUCCAAGCUUGGAGCUCUUCGGCGCCGCCAGCAAAGCCGUUCUUCACAUAUUGUAUUGGACUCAAGCGUAGUAAAGCCGAUAUUUGGAUGUUGUAUUAAUAUACUGGAUUGACAUAGUCGCGGCGACAGUCCAGAUGCCUUCUCCCGCACAAGAUCUCAGUCGAGCAAAACUCCUAUCAAUCGCCUUCUUGACCAACAAUACAAUGAAAUGGUGGAGGAUGUUACAUACAAAAUCGCUUCGUCAUCAGAGCAGUACAAGCGUGCAAGUGGAGAGGCACACAAAGACAGCAGAGCCGUCCUGCCACCCAAACAAUGCAAUGGCUUUCUCCCUCUCAUCUGCGGCAUUAGCCACGCUCUUCCACUCGGACACCCCAUCCGACACACUUACCGCAUCAUUAUGAUCGAUCGAGCCGAGACGCAAGACUAUAACAAGUCCCAAGCAAUGUCGCCACGAACAACAAAACUAUCAUCGACAAGGUACCCUCAUUUUCGUCGAGCUUCUUCGAUUCGCCCUUCGAGCUCUUCUGGGUGGACUUACUCUGCGGCUAUAGCAGUCCGGUCGGGUUUUCAUGAACGAGUGCACAGUGCGUACACUAAACCCAAAAUGAGACAGCAUCAUUCAACGACUGCGCCCAAUACGACCAUGCCUCGCCCCUUUUGUAAAUCUCCGAUUGAUACUACUUACAUCCGAGGACGGUAGAGGAUGACGGGAGAACGGGAGGGCAUUUUGGCCCCGCGAAAAUGAAGCAGGCGGUUCGGUUCGCUAGUCAUUGGUUGCCCCACGUACCCCACGGCUGUAUCAUUGCGUAUACUAAGCCCUUUUGGUCCCUUUACAUCAGU